GUUGGUGGUUGUGUGUGUGUGUUGGUGUUGGUGUUGCGGUGCACAACAAAUGUAAAUUUACCGGUUUCAUACGAAUUUCUGCCGUCGUGUGACGUUAAUAAUGUCGUUCAGAGAAAUGAAGAGAAAGGGUGACGAGUUGAGUCUCGUUCCCUCCGCGAAAAAGACUAGAAAUGAAGUAGUUGCGAUUCACAGCAGAGAGAAAAGUGUAGUUCAAGUUCCUCGGACGUCCAACCUACAAGCUCCCAUUAUGCUGCUGGAGGGUCAACAAGGAGAUAUUUACAGCAUUAAGUUCCAUCCCGAGGGAUCAUACCUGGCUUCUGCUGGCUUUGACAGACAGAUCUACAUAUGGAAUGUUUAUGGAGACUGUGAAAAUGUUUCGCUAAUGAGUGGUCACAGUGGUGCCAUUAUGGAGCUACAUUUUUCCACCGAUGGCAACACAAUUGUCACAGGGAGCACUGACACUUCUAUAGGGCUUUGGGAUCUUGAAUCAGGAUCCCGUAUUAAAAGACUGAAGGGUCAUACCAGCUUUGUAAAUUCAUGUAAUGUAUCCAGAAGAGGGCUACUGCAGAUCUGCAGUGGUUCAGAUGACUGCUUAGUUCGAGUAUGGGAUCCUCGUAAGAAAAAUGUUUCAGUUUCUUUGAACAGUACCUAUCCAGUCACAUCUGUGUCAUUCAACGAUACAGCAGAGCAGGUUUUCUCUGGAGGGAUUGAUAAUGACAUUAAAGUGUGGGAUCUCCGUAAAAACAGUGUUUUGUACAAUCUUAAGGGUCAUGCUGACACUAUCACAGGAAUGUCGCUUUCCCCCGAUGGCUCAUAUCUGCUUUCCAAUUCCAUGGAUAACACACUACGUAUUUGGGAUGUACGCCCCUUCGCACCUCAAGAGCGCUGUGUCAAAAUCAUUACAGGUCAUCAGCACAACUUUGAAAAAAAUCUUCUCGGUUGUGCUUGGUCCACUGAUGGUUCUAAAAUAUCUUCUGGGUCGGCUGAUCGAUAUGUUUAUGUAUGGGACACAACCUCUAGGCGUAUAUUGUAUAAGCUGCCUGGUCACAAUGGCUCAGUUAAUGAUGUUGCUUUUCAUCCUAAAGAACCCAUUAUUGCUUCGGGUUCUAGUGAUAAAACAAUCUAUCUAGGGGAAAUUGAAUAAAAAUGAUAUUUGGAUAUUGUA